UCUCUUUCCAUCGUCUUUGUCUUUGCUUCUCUUCGAUCUUGCGCUCUUUCUCGUAGUUUUUGUGAGAGCUUCCAGAUCUCGAUCGAAGAUGAAUGAUGCGGAUGUCUCCAAGCAGAUCCAGCAGAUGGUGCGGUUCAUCCGCCAGGAGGCGGAGGAGAAGGCCAACGAGAUCUCCGUCUCCGCCGAGGAGGAGUUUAACAUUGAGAAAUUGCAACUAGUUGAAGCUGAGAAGAAGAAGAUCAAGCAGGAGUAUGAGCGCAAAGAAAAGCAGGUUGAAAUUCGGAAGAAAAUUGAAUAUUCCAUGCAGUUGAAUGCUUCUCGGAUAAAAGUUCUUCAAGCACAGGAUGAUCUAGUGAACUCCAUGAAGGAGACUGCUGCAAAAGAACUUCUGCACGUUAGCCAUAAUCACCAUGCUUAUAAGCAUCUCCUCAAAGAACUGAUUGUACAGAGUUUGCUAAGAUUGAUGGAACCAGCUGUGCUGCUACGUUGUCGGAAAGAAGAUGUUGAGCAUGUUGAGUCAAUCUUGCAAUCUGCAAAAGAGGAAUAUGCAGAGAAAGCAAAUGUUCAUCACCCUGAUAUUUUGAUUGAUAACAUUUACCUGCCAUCUGCCCCCAGCCAUCAUAAUCCUCAUGGGCUGCACUGCUCUGGAGGGGUUGUUUUAGCUUCUCGAGAUGGGAAGAUUGUGUGUGAAAACACACUUGAUGCACGCCUGGAAGUUGUCUUCCGCAAGAAGCUGCCAGAGAUCCGGAAGCGGCUUUUCGCAUAAGCACUGUGAUGUGAUUGUCUGCUGCAGACUCCCAGAUUUUGGUUUCAAAUUAUUUGAAACAGUGAUCAGAUUUGCUAUUUGGAGUCUCAAAAGUAUUUAUUGUAUUACUUAAAAAAAUCUUUAUUAUUUGUUAUUUGAACUUGUGAGCUAUGGUGUCAUAAGUAUCAACUCAGUUUGUUGUGCUCGUUAUCCUCCAUAAGAUUGAGAACUGUUUUUUGAAUUUGGCAGCCCAAAAUCAUGUAAAACCUCUUCUUUUUGGCAAAUAAUAUUAUUAUGCUUUAUUGGGAUGCAAAUAAA